UUGCGGUGUCAUAAACUGAAUACACAUUUCUGAUCCGGCAGUCUGUUUCGGAAGGUGAUAGUGUCAAGUACAAGUCAUGUCUUCUUGGUCUUCUGAACACGUUUUUGAACACCCCUGGGAAGAAGUUGUUAGAGCAGCUUUCCGUAAAUACCCCAAUCCAUGUAACCCGGCAGUAAGUGGUGUAGAUGUCGUAGAUCGCACGGUUUGUCCAAAGGGAACUAUACAGACUCAUCGUCUGCUCUCCACGGAAUUUCCGCUACCUGAUGUAGCGGCCCGGAUAAUUGGCACACCAGAGAAAAAUUUCAUCAGUGAACACUCAACAUUAAAUCCCAGAAAUAAACUGUUGAAAUUAGAAUCCCGUAAUCUUUUAGGAGCCAGUAGUCAUGGAAUGCAUAUCAGUGAACACUCCAGGCUUGAUACCACCCAGUCUACAUUCAAGCUGCAGUCUAAAAAUCUGACUCUGGGACAUUUAGUGUCAGUUCAUGAACAUUUGGAGUAUUUUCCUCAUCCACAAGACAAGUCCAAAACCUGUCUGAAGCAGAAAUCUGUUGUAAAGGUGAAUGUGCCUUUUUUGUCUGGUUACCUGGAGAAACUCCUUCUAGAAAACUUUGAGAAAAAUGCACAGAAGGGAAGAAAUGGAAUGGAGUGGGUUAUGGACAAGAUAAAGGAAGAAGAUUCUAAUAAGGUGAAACUGGAGACCUCAUCAGACAUUUUAUCACAAAUAGAAACAAAAUUCAAGAAAGAGGCAGAAGAUCUAAAACAAAGUAUGGACAGUUUUCUAAAGAACGCCCAAGCCACUGGAUCACCGCUUUGAUGAUGGAGGACUUUAGGUGUAAUAAUAUUUAUUCUGGCCUUGUGAAAUAAGAAAUUGACUGAUGUAGCAAUCGUGGAUCUGAUCCAUAUUUGUAUUACAGCUUAUUUACACUGUGUGAAAGGGCCAUUUGAAUUUGUAGCUAUAUUUUCUGUGAUAAAUCAUGACCAUUAGGCCGUUUUAAUAACAUAGCUUCCUCAGGGUUAUCUUCAUAGGAAACAGAAAUCCAUCCAGAGCUUUUAUUUCACUUCUUAUUACUAGGUUUAGGUUACUAGGAGAAUUCUUUGUUUUAUUUCUGUUGUAUUAUAGGAAUCUCAGUCUCUACAUGGCAUAUAAUAACUGAAUCAUAUAAAUGUACAUCACAGGAAAUCUAUGGCAGUUAAAUCUUGUUUCAUUCAUCAGCAGUUUUGCAGAACUUGGAUAUUUUGUUGUUAAUAUUUUAUCAGCAGAUCUCAGCUUUAUAUAUAUGUACAUGUUGUUCAGAUGUUUCUUGUUUACCCUGAAUUAACUGGAAGUUUUAUAGAACAAAUUGGGCAUUUAAAAUAACAGCUGUGUAGUGCCUCAGUUUUAAACACAAGACCAAUGUAAAAAUCCAUGUUUUAUUGAAUACAUUUAUACAUGUUUACAUGUGUUUUGUGUCAUCUUUAUUGCCAUACCUAUUGUUAUGUUGCUGUCUAUUAAAUUUCGGAAGUUUUA